AUGAUGAAACAAGUUUUCCUGACGAUGACGGAAAUUAAACCUAUAACCAUGGGGACCGCCAAUGGUCUAAUUGAUAAGUCCAAAGAGCUUCAAAAAGAAAUCCUUAUGGAAAAGUUGAGGUCCAAAACUUCACAGUAUAAAAACUUAAGUGAAACCUCAAAAGCUGUUCGUAUGGCUAUGCUGGACAAAAGGUGGGCAGUGGACAGUGCAGAUCGUCAAAUUCUGCAAAAAUGCCUGGAUAGUUUACAACACUGCAUAAAAGUCAGGUCUUUACAAAGUUUAAUAGAAAGACUUGAAUGUCUUUCAAGGCAACUUGGGUUAAAAUUUGUUGUUGGCACAUCUGGAGUAAAUCUUUUCAUAUCUUCUGAUAUGUUUUAUCUAGAAAUAUUAGUUGAAUCAUCCGGCUCAGUAAAAGAUGUAAAAAUUCAUCAUGAAGGAAAGAUUGAACAGCAGAGUUGUGAAGAAAUGGUAGCAUGUAUAAUGCGUGGGGAUUUUGCUGAUUUUACAGCUCAACUUGAAGGACUUACAGCUGUCUACCAAUUGAAUGCUGAAAAAAAGGUUAAAUGUAAGGCUUUCAGUGCACUACAAAGUUUGGAGGAAGAUUUGUGCAUGUUACGACAGCUUCAAAGUUUCAUAAAGGAUCCAUGGGCUCAGGUACACAAAAGCCCCAUAGGAUUUCUUCAAAAGCGUAGAGGAGGACAUGCCAUGCGUCUGACUUAUUUUGUAUCACCUUAUGAAUUGUUAGACAAAGAGAAAGGGCUACAACCAUUGACAGCGGAUUUGCUAACAAUGGGUAAACCAUCAGCUUCAAGUGGUUUGGCUUCUUUAGUUGCACCUUCACAUACACCUGUGGGACAUUCUGCCACAGUGUUACUUGAGGGUUCUACAGCCAACAAACUACAAUUAUCUCCAAUAAUUUCGGGUGGACCAAGACCAGGAAAAGGAAGUGGGCCCGUGUACGCGCAGCUCGUGCCUCAAAACAGCGCGAUGCUGCCUGCCUGUUUCACGCUGAAGUUAUCACAGCCAAUGCCACUAUGCUCAGGCCUUGCAAAGCUUAUCCACGCUACCACUGAGGUGGAAGUUUCGGGUGAUUGGGCCAACUCGAAACCUAUGCUGGGCUUGGUUGCUCAACAGGCGUACAAUAAGCUAACACCCGGCAAGAACAUCGAGUUGAAUCUCAGCAAAGGACUUUUUGUGCACCUGCCGGAGCAGACGCAGUGCUACUUCAUGUGCGAGUCGCGCGGCCUGGAGGGUUGCGUGGUGGGCAGCGUUCCCUUCACCCACCCGUCGCACGUGCCGCCCCUGCUCGCGUGUCUGCGACAACAGGCGCUGUUCAACGCGCUUAUCACCUCCUGCGUCCGCCUGCAGACCAAGCAGCGAUCUGGAGCAGCUAUCGGUGGAUCGCGCCCAUACCACCAACCGCUGCCCAUACCACCAACCGCUGCCCAUACCACCAACCGCUGCCCAUACCACCAACCGCUGCCCAUACCACCAACCGCUGCCCAUACCACCAACCGCUGCCCAUACCACCAACCGCUGCCCAUACCACCAACCGCUGCCCAUACCACCAACCGCUGCCCAUACCACCAACCGCUGCCCAUACCACCAACCGCUGCCCAUACCACCAACCGCUGCCCAUACCACCAACCGCUGCCCAUACCACCAACCGCUGCCCAUACCACCAACCGCUGCCCAUACCACCAACCGCUGCCCAUACCACCAACCGCUGCCCAUACCACCAACCGCUGCCCAUACCACCAACCGCUGCCCAUACCACCAACCGCUGCCCAUACCACCAACCGCUGCCCAUACCACCAACCGCUGCCCAUACCACCAACCGCUGCCCAUACCACCAACCGCUGCCCAUACCACCAACCGCUGCCCAUACCACCAACCGCUGCCCAUCGCUCGUAUCGAAUCGCACGCGCGCGUAUCUCGCAUGUCGCAGUGAUCGACUUGGAGAGCGCGCUGAUGUUCGAGGUGAGCGCGCUGUCGUGGCAGCACAUCUCCAUAUCGCUCGAGCACCCGCUCGACGAGAGCAUGGCGACCGUCGAGCUGGAGCUCUCCGAGCCGGCGGCGCCCCGCGCCACGGUGUGCACCCUCAACUGCCCCCCGAGGGACCACGUGGACGACUACAUCAGCCGCGUGCUGCAGAAGAGCCACUCGAUACCGGUCACGCUGAGGUCCCUGGUUAAGAUAUGGGAGCGCGAGGCCGCCACGAAGCAGAUGAACGGCAACUACUCGGCGCUGGACUCGAAUUUUAACUGCGGCCUUGGCGGCCUCGACCCGGGGGGUGAGCACGUGAAACACGAGCCUGGAACGGUGCACGGCCGCGCCCUCUACCCCGCCAACGUGAGCCACCCACACCAAGGCGGCGCCUAUCUUUCGGAGCAGCAGCACCAUCUGUCCAUGAUGUGCCAAGAGCCGAACACGAGCGACGCCAAGCCGCAGGCGUGCGAAGAGCGGAAAACGAAGAAGAGGAAAUCCGACGGCGACAUGUGGUCGGCCAGCCAGAAGAAGGGCAAGCAGGGCAUCACGGAGGCGGCGGAUUCCGACAGCGAGAGCGACAACUCCGAAUACGCGAACGAUGACGACAACACCAUGAACAGCAAUUCGACCAACGACGAUCUGGAGGGUCGCGAGUCGUCCGUGUCCCAAAACGAGUUCGCCUCGGACCUGGAACUGUCCGGGAUGGACGCUACCGACGCUCUGAGCGCCCAAGACAACAGGACCUCCUCGGAUAUGGACAAUUCGAAUGACGGCGAAGCUGAGGAAAUGAUUCGGAAUUCUUUUCACAAGUCUGAGCACAAAAGGCAAAAGUUAAAAACGAAAGACACUGAGUCGAGGAGCAAUAGAAGCGCAUCGUCUUUGCUCUUAGACCUUACAGACGGUAAAUCAUACAUGCCUUCUUCUGUAAGCAUUACUCCUAUCGGAUCUAGUAGUUCCAAUGCGGCCAGUGCCGGCUCCGGAUCGAGCAUCUCUUCAAUGCUAUGCCUGGACCGCCGUCCGGGCAUAGAGAUAAUUCCCAUAUCCGCCGCCACCCCCGCCGCUUUGCCAAGCUCUAUUACUAUAACGCCUAUAACGUCAUCACAAAUGAAAUCCCUCGACUCCAGGUCUGAUAAGAAAUCUAGUAAGUCCAGCGAAGAGCGCGGCAAGGAGAAGAAGAAGAAAAGACGGAGAGACGACUCCAUGGGGCCCCCCGAAAAAGUGCCACCGAAACAGGAUCCGUUGACGAAACCGGUCUCAGUGAGUAUAAAGCCAACGGACGGGUCCCCGAUGCGCCCCACGUCCCCAAACUCCAUUCUGCGCAAGUUCAGUCCGAGCCCCACGCACGGCAGGUCAGUAUCGAUCACGAAAUCUCCCAGCCCGAGCUCUGUAAAAAACUUGGGGAAGCCGACGGGCACCUCUAGCCACCACAGCAGCCCGCGACACUCCCCGGUGCAAAACAGCCCCAAACAUCUCACAGGGUAUUCGAGUCCAAAAAACCACAGUAUCUCCUCCCCUAAACACAGUUCUUCGGGUUCGGGGAAGCCCAGUAUGUCUGCAUUAAAGUCGGCGACCAGUGGCUCACCUUCCGGUAAAUCCGGCACAACGGGCUACGAUUUAUCCAAAAAGAUCUCUAAAGACAGCUACGGUUCCAGUUCCCUCGCUUCCAGGGAUAAGGAGAAGAAGCAUUCCAGUUUGUCUUUUUCUAGCUCCGACAGAAGUAGUCCCAAGUUAAAAAACCCAAUGAAACUAAAGCAACUCGAGAUAACGCCAGUUUCGUGUGACAGCCCCGUUACGGAACCCUUAAUAUCACCUCCCAACAUAGAGGUGAACAAAUCCAAUGCACCGAGCCAGGCGCGAAACAGAAAAGGUUCGCUUAGCGCCGUAAUCGAUAAAUUGAAAUCGGCCCAUCAUAGCGCUGAUCCCGACUUGAUCAGUGGAAAGUCCGGCGGAUCGUCCAGCAGCGCAAGCAAGUUCUCAGAUCCAAAAAAUAGCGCGACUAGUAGCAGUUUGAAGAUGAGCGAAAGUAAAAAUCAAGAGUACAUGGUGAAGCCAAGUUCAGAUGGAAUGAAAAUCACUAUAAACAAAACGAGGUCUAAAGAGUCGUCUAGCGGUUCAAAAUUGAACUAUGGUAGCUCCAGUGGAAGUAAACAAUCAUCGCCUCAGCUUACCCCACCGUGCCAGGGUUCCCCUAAAACUCACACGGGACUGAAGCCUGGCGUUAUAAGUGGCCCGGCAUCGAAAAAAACGCAAGCAAUGCAGUCUUCUAAGUCCGGAAUGUCCACAAGCUCCACACCACCUAAAAGCAAUACGAGUCCAUCAGAAUCUUCGGGUUCAAGUAGUGUUCCUAAAGUGCCUUACUCUAAAUCUUCAAGCGGCGGCAGCACCGGCAUUAAUUUGUCAAAGUCAGCGUCCAAACCUAGCUCGGGUUCUCCGAAAAAUAGCAGUUCGGAUUUAUCCAAGAUAAUAAGAGACAGAGAAAGAGAAAAGGCGAGGACUAAACUUAUGAGCAACUCCGAAAAAUCAAUAUUUUCUUCCAAGUCCGAACGUCACUCGAGCCCUAGUAGCUCGAGGGAUGACGUAGAUGGUGACAGGUUUAAAGCCUCUAAGGAGGCGAAUUUUCUGGUUGAAGGCUUGAUCAAACCACUCGACACCAGCAAGUUUCAAAUACCAAAACUAAAAAAUCAGAACACACCGGAUAAAAACAGUCCAGUCUCGCAAUAUGACGGGCGUUCCUUGGUGAACGACUUUACGCGGUCUCUGGACCAAAGCAAGUUUCCAUUUCCACACUUCGACAAUUCGAACCCCAGAAAUGCCGAGUCUCUACAAAAAGCCGGUUACCCUUUAAACGUGCCGAAGCCCCUGUUGAACAUGGGCGCGAUGAGUCCGAAAACAGUGCCGUCGAGUAAACUGGAACAGUCCGAACGGGCGGGGGACUUCUCAAAAAACUUAGAGAGCCUCGCGAAGGGGGAAAGCCCGCAAAGAGGUAAAGACGACUCGAAGGAGGGCUUUUCCGGGGCUUACCCAAUGAUGCCGCUCGACUUCAAGACUGACAUGGCGAAGGGGUUUCCCGCACCCAAAGGCAGCACGGAGGAUAGGAAGGGCGCCGAUUCGUGUAUGAAGCCACCGGCCAGCGGCUCGGUGGCGAGGAGCGGUGCAACCACGCCGCAGGAGGCAGCUGAAAUGUUGCUAGAUUUCUCCUCGUCGUCUGGGAGCAAGGUGUCGGGCUUAGUGGCAGUGAGGCCGGUAUACCCCCCCUCCCCCGCUCUAGCCUUGCAACUGGCGAAGAGCCCCGCACCGUCCCCCCUUGUCGCCCCCUCGCCGCAUUCCAAUUCGCCCUGCAUCACCGACGACGAGCUAAUGGACGAAGCGGUGGUAGGACCCGGUAAA